UUAGUUGCCCAAAGUAUCACAUUCAAGACCGAUGUUCUGAAACUACUUUCACCUGUUACAGUUCGGUUCAUCUGCAGAAGCAUCUUACGCAGAAAGUGUUAAAUCACAUAGCUGCUGGCAUUGAACGCAAUCCAUCUGUGAAGCAGACUGAACUCAUUAUCUUUACGUAUGGCCUCAUUGAAGAUGGAAUUAAUAACGAGUAUAAUGAAUAUGAAAAUAGCUAUGUUCCAAAGGCAAGCAAACUAGAUAGGGUUGAGGAGUGCCGACGAAUAAGUAACUCAAAUCGAUUAUUUAGUCAUUUAAUCACGGCGUUUGCUCUUGGGUUGCUGCAGAAUUACAUGAAGAACCUAAAACUCAACAAAGAGGACGAAGACCUACUAUCGAUGCUGGACUCUUUUGUGAGUUUAUUGUGUAAAUGUUUGAGUUCAAAAUAUGAAAGCAUUACUUCUGCUGGAAUUAGGUGCCUGUCUCCACUAGUGAGGCUUCAUUUGCCAUCCCUUGAAUCCCAAGGAGACAAGAUAAAGACUUCAUUGUUGGCUAUUGCACAAGAUUUAGUGAAUGCUAACACUCAAUCAAUGGAGUCAUGUAUUAAGUUGUUGACAUUGCUUCUGCGUAGUACUAACAUUUCACUUUCAGCCGAUCAGCUGCAGAUGUUUAUCCAAGUUCUAUUGUUUGUUGAUCUUGAAAAAAAUGCCUCAUUUGUUGCCCUUUCACUGUUGAAGGCAGUUGUGCACUGAAAACUUGUACUUCCUGAGAUAUAUGAUCUUGUUGUGCGGAUUGCCAAUUUGAUGGUAACAAAUCAUCUGGAACCAAUUCGUAAGAAGUGCAGUCAAAUGUUACUACAAUUUUUGCUUGACUAUCGUCUUUCACAGAAGCACUUGCAACAACAUAUUGGCUUCUUGAUUGCAAAUUUGAGAUACAAGCAUUCAACUGGGAGAAAAGCCGUCCUUGAAAUGCUGCAUGCUAUAAUAAUGAAAUUUCCAAAAGUAACUCUUGAUAAACAUUCUGAGACACUAUUUCUGCAUUUGGUAGUUCGCUUGGCAAAUGAUCAGGACAGCAAAGUCCCCCUCAAUGGCUGCUGCUGCAAUCAAGUGUCUUAUUACGCAUGUGAGCCUGCAUUCACUUCACAUCAUUAUGGAAUAUAGUCUGUCUUGGUAUCAGGGUGAAAAAUAGAAACUCGGGGGUGCUGCAGCACAGGUUUUAGGUUUACUGGUCGAAGUAAUGAGUAAGGGUAUCGAAAAACACUUGACUAGUGUAUUGCAAGCUAUGAGAAGGAUUUUACAGUUUGCUGUCAUUGCUCUUACAUCUGAACAAGAUCUCUAUGAUGAAGCCGUGAUUCCUUGGUGGAAGGAGGCAAGUUGUUCAUUUAUUAUGUUCAAGUAGAUCCUAGAUCAACUCAAAUUUUGUUAACUUGUGCUUUGACAGAGAUCUUGAGGUACUGAUCUGUUGCUUUUAUCAGUGAUUGCAUAUUA